AUGAAUCUAGACACACCUAUAGAGACGGUGGUCCAGCAGCUUGCCAACGCUGUGGAUCUGACCAUGGACCCGUCUAUGUCACAAGAAAAACGUCACGAAGCCUACCGCUUGUGCGAUAGUUUUAAAAAUGAGUUUCCACUGUGCGUACAAUGUCAGUGCGCUUUGUAUUUCACUAGCGACGGCUCGCAGUACACCGAUAUUGUGCGACAUUUCGGCCUGCAACUCAUGGAACAUUGCAUUAAAUUUCGCUGGUAUCAAAUGGUACAGGAAGACAAAUUGCUCAUUUUUUCUACAAUAAUGAGCCUGGUUAAUUCUGCUUCACCAGCGCUACAGAUCAACUAUCUGAAAGAUGCUCUUGCCAGAGUUGUUGUGGAAAUGAUCAAAAGGGAAUGGCCACAACAUUGGCCUGGGAUGUUAAAUGAAUUAGAAUAUGCUACAACAUUGGGCUGUUGUCAAACAGAAACUGUUAUGCUAAUAUUUUUGAGGUUAAUUGAAGAUGUUGUCUUAUUGCAAACCGUUGACAAUGCGGCCAGGCGACGAGAUAUUAGUAAAGAAAUUCAAAUGAGUAUGUCUAAAAUUUUUCCAUUCUUUAUAAAUGUGAUUGAUAAUUAUUGUAGACAAUAUUUAGAAUUCUUAAGUAGAAAUGAACAAAAUGCGGCAAAUGCACUUGUCCGGGUAAUACAGCUUGCGUUGGCUAAUAUUGGAGAAUUAUUUGAGUUCAUUCAACUGUCACAUGUGAAUUUUAAAGAUUGUUACAUAAUCACUGUCUUAUGUUCUUUAUUAGACCAUUUUAAUUUUAGACAGUCUGCUGUUGAUUGUUUACUCAUAUUACUUUCAAGAAAAUGUAAAAACGAAGAAAAAGAAUGUGUUGUACAGUUGCUUGAUCAACCUUUACAACAAAUAUAUUUGGUAGUACACAAUGCAAUCAGUCGUCUAGAAGCGAAUGAAGAAAAUAAUAUAUUUUUAAAAACGUUAUCCAAAGUGGUGUCCAUGUUGAGUUAUGUGUUAUGCGCUUUCUGGAAAGAUAAUAAAUUGCAUAAUUUUAACGUUGAAAAAUCAGAAAAAAUACUUUUUUGUUAUGUUGACUUAUUACAAGUUUGUCUGUUUCAUGAUUCAUUGAAUGUCAUUACAAAUAUUAAUCAAGCCUGGUGUAUAUUAUUUAAAAAUCCUGAAAUCAGUAAGAAUAUUUUACUAAAACAAAAUUACAUUCCAAAAUGGUUUAUGUUAGUGUCAAAAAAAUUAAUUAAGAUAGAUUACAAAAACUUAGAUCCAUUCACCUUACUUGAUUUUACAGAUGAAGAAAGCUAUAACACUGUUUUUUAUCACACCCGAUCGGAAAUUGUUGAAACAAUCAGAUGUGCUUCUGCUAUUGAAAAUACUAUGAUGUUUUCAGUUACAGAAAACUUACUUAAGACGUGCAUGGAAAAAACAUCAAUAAGAAUGAAAGUGGUUCCUUUAUGUGAACAAGAUUCAGCUGAGUUUCUAGAAUGGGAAGUAAUGGUGUUAAUAUUAGAUGGUGUCAUGAGUAAAUUAUCUUUAACUCUGGAUUCUGAAAUCGUUACUAGAGGUUUGAGGCUAAUUGAAUUGUGUUUACAAUUUGAUACGAGAGAUCCAUUAAUAUUGUCAUUCCUUCUUUCGUCUAUAUCUGCAUUGUUUGUGUUUCUAACUUCAACAUCUUGGCCUUCAGAAUAUCUUCAUGUUACACUUAAUAAAAUGUGUGAAUAUCUAAUACUUGAGUGUCAUCCGGAUGAUCAAUUGUGUGUUCCAAUCAAAGAUUUGAAAUUUCAUUCUGCUUCUUUGUUCAUAAAACUAAGUAUUAAAUAUCCAAAUCUCUUGCUGCCAGUUUUUGAUAAGUUGUGUUCGUUAAGUGAUCAACUUUUAUCAAAAACCAGUAAAACUGGUGAUAAUCUCGCAGUAUGUUUACGUUUGCAAGAAACACUUUUAGUGCUAAAUAAUCAUGUGCCAGAUUUUUAUAAGCAAACUCAACUAAUUAAACACAUUUUAGAACCUUGUCAAUUAAUGUGGCAAAAAGUACAAAGUAUUGUAUCUGGGCCACCUGAAGGAUUAUUAGCAUAUUUAGGCCUCGACAGGCCGCCAGUUGAUUUUGAAUCUGAUCCGUGUCUGGAAAAUCGAAACCAUCUAUCUCAUUGUAUCAAUGUAUUAGCAUGUGUUAUGGCUAGAAGCAACACAAGUUCAAACUUAUCAAAAAUUCCAAACGUUUCACCAGUUACUGAACAUGUUUUAUUACUUCUUCCAAAUGUGUUUUUAAUAAUAAAAAAUCUUAACUCUUUAUGUUCGGAUAAUGUAAAAAAAAUGAUGCAUCCUAGUUAUACUUCAGUCUUGGAGAUAUUCCCUCAAGAACGAGAGGCCUUACUCGGAAAGAACAUUGUGUCUGAGAAAAAUGACCCGUUUCAGAAUUUUAGACAAAAACCAAAACCUGAUCCGGUGUAUAAGAUAAAACUAGCAAUUUUAAAUGCUUACGAAGGCUGUUUAAAUGUUUUGGGAAAAUCGUGUCUAUUACUUGGAGACCAAUUUUAUGCUCUUCAAAAUUUUGCUCCAAGUUUUGAAGCAACCAUAAUGAGUGAUGCCGAUUCUUUGCCACAUGUACGCAUUAGAACUGUUAUGAAGAAUUUUAUUAAACCUUUCCUCAUCAACUGUUCAAGUAAAUAUUAUGAUACCGUUCUUAUUCCUAUUCUAAAUUCCUUUUUAGCUCAUAUGUUAAUACGCCUGAGCAUUACUUGGAAGAAUAUACCAGAACGUGAAGAAUACGAUAAUAAAGAUGGUGAUUCUGAAGAGCUCUUGGAAGAUAUGAUGAUUAGGUUAUUAACUAGAGAGUAUCUAGAUUUAGUACGAUCAAGUUUAACUAGUUCUAAUGAAUCAAAAACAAGCCCUCAUGGUAGUGUGGAAGAAAUUCCUAAUAGUGAUUUAUCUGAAUUAGGUAUAAAACUAUUACGAAAUGAACAGUCUAGGCACUUGAUUGUCGAAAGUAUUUUAAAUGGUUUGUCGUGGAAUACUUCUAUAAGUCAAUUUUGGAAAACUUGUCAAAUAUUCCAAUGGGAUAAUCGGCCAGUCUCGCAUCCCUGGUGUGAUAGCCAGUCUAGUUUUAAAGCAACGUCCUUAUCUCAAAUUGUUGUAAGACAUUUGGCUACCGAGGAUGAAAGAACUGCUAUGACAAUUGCACCUGACUUGUUGAUAGCCGUUCUAGAAAGUCUUCACUGGUUUGGUCAUCAUGAUUCUAAUAUGGGUCCCCUUUUAGCUACAUGCCUUAACAUAUAUGAAACUUAUCGUAGUAAAAAUAAUCAGUUAUUAGAAGUGUUAAAAAAAUUACCUGAAAUCAACUUGGAAACAUUGGAGCGUUUCGAUAAGUGGGUGAUGAGCGAGGACCCAUUAAACAACAAAGUGAACAAAGGUAAACGAGAAAUGUUAAAGAAGAUAUUGGCCGGCUGUAUUGGAAAAGAUGUGAGCCAAACUCAUAAAUGCAAAGCUGAGCUCAGAGACUUGCCCAGGGUUCUCGUCCCUAAGAUUUGUACAACAGACUUGUUAGAAAAUGGUGAUGACUUGAAUAUAAAUAAAUUACAAGAAUACAAGUUGUAG